AUCAAUCUAAGUUUAUUAUGCAUCAGCCCCAAAAUCAGUAUGGCUUCCUUAUCCAUGCUAGUGCUGCUUCUUGUAGCUCUAAUCCUCACCCCUCAAGGGCUUGCUAAUUAUUACAAGCCUCCUGAGUAUAAACCUCCAAUUGAGAAACCACCAGUGUACAAGUCACCUGUUUAUAAACCACCAGUUUAUAAGCCACCUAUUGAGAAACCGCCAGUGUACAAGCCACCUGUUUAUAAGCCACCACUUGAGAAACCACCAGUAUACAAGCCACCUGUUUAUAAGCCACCAAUUGAGAAACCACCAGUAUACAACCCACCUGUUUAUAAGCCCCCGUAUAAGAAGCCUCCGUAUGGCAAGUACCCUCCAGCUGAAGAAAACACCCAUUUCAUCAAUCUAAGUUUGUUAUGCAUCAGCCCCAAAAUCAAUAUGGCUUCCUUAUCCAUGCUAGUGUUGCUCCUUGUAGCUCUAAUCAUCAUCCCUCAAGGGCUUGCUGAGUAUAAACCUCCAAUUGAGAAACCACCAGUAUACAUGCCACCACUUGAGAAACCACCAGUAUACAAGCCACCUUUUUAUAAGCCACCAACUGAGAAACCACCAGUGUACAACCCACCACUUGAGAAAGCACCAAUAUAUAAGCCACCAAUUGAGAAGACACCAGUGUACAACCCACCACUUGAGAAAUCACCAGCAUACAAGCCACCUGUUUAUAAGGCACCAAUUGAGAAACCACCAGUGUACCAGCCAUCACUUGAGAAACCACCGGUAUACAAGCCACCUGUUUAUAAGGCACCAAUUGAGAAACCACCAGUGUACCAGCCACCACUUGAGAAACCACCAGCAUAUAAGCCACCUGUUUAUAAGGCACCAAUUGAGAAACCACCAGUGUACCAACCACCACUUGAGAAAUCACCAGUAUACAAGCCACCUGUUUAUGAGGCACCAAAUGAGAAACCACCAGUGUACAACCCAUCACUUGAGAAAGCACCAGUAUACAACCCACCAAUUGAGAAGCCACCAGUGUACAUGCCACCACUUGAGAAAUCACCAGCAUACAAGCCACCUGUUUAUAAGCCACCAAUUGAGAAACCACCAGUGUACAACCCACCACUUGAGAAAUCACCAGUAUACAAGCCACCUGUUUAUAAGCCACCAAUUGAGAAGCCACCAGUGUACAUGCCACCACUUGAGAGAUCACCAGCAUACAAGCCACCUGUUUAUAAGCCACCAAUUGAGAAGCCACCAGUGUACAUGCCACCACUUGAGAAAUCACCAGCAUACAAGCCACCUGUUUAUAAGUCACCAAUUGAGAAACCACUCGUAUACAACCCACCUGCUUAUGAGCCCCCAUAUAAGAAGGCUCCUUAUGGCAAGUACCCUCCAGCUGAAGAAAACACCCAUUUCUAAAGCAUGCAAAGGAGUCAAAUUAACUACUUAUCUACUAAAUAAGGUCCAGUUACCAUUGCUUCGUUUUCUAGUAUCCUAAAUAGUAUUCUUGGCUUCUGCAUUUCAAUAAUUUGUAAACUCUAUGGCCAAGCCGUAGCAUCAUAUAUGUCUGUGAAUGAAAAUCAGUGUAAUGCUCUGUACUCCACAUUAUGAAUAAAAGAAUUUUAUGAUA